UUCUUCAAUGCCUCUGCUUGUCAUGAUGGAUAAUGUGGCACUUUUGUAAAAUUGAAAUUGUUGAUAUGUGACUUUGGUUUGGGUGAUUAGUUUAAGCUUCAAAGUCAAGAGGCCCUUUUGCUUUUUCUUAAAUUUUAGUGGGAUCACUGCCGGAGGGGCUUUUAUGAGGAUGUUAUUGAGUAAAUUAUUGAAUUAUAAUCAUUUGUACAGGUGUGGAUGGAACUUGAAGCUAGCAAUCAGCCCAAGCAAGAGCGAUCAAGGACAAGAUGGACAGCAUCCCUUGACAAGAUAUUUGCAGACUUGGUUGUCAAGCAGAUUCAACUAGGAAAUAGACCAAACAAUGUUUUUGACAAGAAAACAUGGAAUCAUAUUCGGGAUGAGUUUAAUAGGCAAACAGACCUUAGUUUCAACAAAAAUCAAUUGAGGAAGCAUCUAGAUGUACUUCGGACCCGCUUCUACAACUUGAAAUCCGCUUAUGAUCAGAAUAAUGAUUUUGUAAUGGAUGAUUCCUGUUGCAUUGGCUUUGAGCAGUGGGAUGAUAUAGGGGCACAGCCUAGGCACGAAACAGUUAAAGGGAAAGAUUGUCCAAUAUAUGAGCAACUGUGCGCAAUCUUCAUAGAUUCAGCAGCUGAUGGGAAAUACGCCCAGUCUAGUCAUUAUGAAGAGCUUGACAAAUCUUUUGGAACUGAUGCAUCUGGCUUUACACCAUGUCUAGAAGCUAAGGUCUCACAUUAUGAAAACCCAUCAACAUCUAAAUCUAUUCCUGGGAAUAUCUCAACUUCUGAGAAGGUGACCAAGAAUUCUCUAGAUAGGAAACGGAAACGGUCGUACGAGACACAAACUACUGGCCUGGAUCAGGACACCUGCAAUGCUAUGGCAGAAGCCUUGUUAGAUAUGGUUGCUGUUUCAAGGUUAAGGGCAGUCGUUUCAAGUGUAAGUGAUGACAAGUUUUCCAUAACAAACUGCAUUAAGGCUCUAGAUGAGAUAGAAGGCAUUGAUCAACAGCUCUACUUUUCUGCCCUGGAUCUCUUUGAGAACCCUAGCUUAAGGGAGAUAUUCAUUUCUCUAAAAAGUGUCAAGAUAAGGUUGACAUGGUUACAAGGAAAGUGCAGUAGAAGUCCCUUCCAUUAGAAAAUUCAAGUCAUCAGAAUAGAUUUCAUAGUCACAACACAAAUGCUCAGUCUAUUAUACCGUCCUUUUUGUUUGACUGUAAGUAAUGCCAUUCCUAGUUUUAACUUUUACAACCUGCCGUAGUUGUUUAUACAACGUGCUUUUUCAA